AUGGGCUCCUUCAACUCCAAGCCAGAGACUUCCAGUCCAUCAAAGAAAAUGUCCAGAAACAACGACAAGAGACCGGCACGUCGCCGUGACAAACCUUAUCAGAACAAGUUCUCUGGAGGGGGCGAUUCCAGUACAGUCGCUGCUGGUGGGCAUGGAGGUGGUUUCAACUAUAGCAGCGGCUACGGCGGAUAUGGCCAGGCGCAAACCUAUGAUUAUGGUUGUAGCUACACAGGCGGUAACUACGACUCAUGGGGUGGAAAUCAUCAUAGUGGAGGAGGAGGCGGAUAUAGCAGUGGAGGAGGAGGCGGUGAUAGUAGUGGAAGCGGAGGCGGUGAUAGUGGAGGUGGAGGAGGAGGCGAUUCUGGUGGUGGAAGUUGCUAA